AUGGCUACCUGGCGAGCUUCCAUCAUCCGCGAUACAGUAUCUAACAGUAAAUUCCUUAGCCUCAGAGAUUGCCUACCACUGCUUGAAAACGGCGGCGAGCUCAACGAAGAGUUUCUCGGCAAUACGCUUCGUUCCAUGGCCAACAACUCAAGUUUCGCUGGCAUGGAGACCUUUCUCGAAGACAUAGCCAAACUCAACGGCAAGAUCCCAGACGCCGAUAUUCAACGCUACUGCAACAUUGUUUUCGAGCCGAGAGCAUCAGAUUCCAUGGCUAUCAGUCGGUAUGAUUUGAAUCCCAUGCGAAAGAUUCUGCAGCACCACGUGCCGGUGGCUGAGCCUGCGAUACGCGAGUACUGUCUCAAGAAGCUGCGUGCGCCAACGACAAUGGCAGAGGUUCGCAAAGGGAAAGUCAAGGACGACGAGGUUGAAGAUUUCGUCAUCAUAUCACAAACUUUUGGAGAGGAAGUUCCACUCCUUCUUCUCCCCCAUCUUGGUGGAUUCCUAAACGAUCUCCCCUGGCUGAUCCAACUGCUUACCCAAGUCAAAGACUCGGAGGGUUGGGCUUCAGAAACCUUUCUUCCACAAUUCAGCACCACCGUCCUCGAACCCGCCAUUGAGCGAGCGAAAGUAGUAGCCUCUAGACCAGACAUACCUGUCGGCGAAAUGAUCCGCGAUUCUUUCCCAUUCCGCAAAAACAUAGCGCCAGUUCGCGGCUCGAAUGAGGGAGACCGCGGUGUUACGAUGGAGGAGUUGAAGCUGCUGAUCCCGCUCCUCAAACGUUUAGCGCUAGAUCGUGUCGUGGAUAGGCUGGCGCAAAGGAUGCUGAUGGAUUUUGUUGACCUCGAUUUCGAAGACUUUCGCGGCGUGCUCGGCGAGGAGAAGACGGAUGAGAUGGUGGAGAAGAAGAGGGCGAUUGGAGAGGCGAAGGAGGCGAAGAAAAGGAAGGCUGCUGAUGAUGGUGGAAGGGGAAAGAAGAAGAGGGGAAGAGGGGGUCGGCGGUGA